AGCUAACCUAGAGAAUCGUUUUCAUCAGGCAUUCGAAGAACUGAAAUAUGUUGCUGACAAGAAUAUUUCUGAUGUCCUUAACGCUGGCUGCAGUAAACUGUCGACCAAAUUUCCCCUACAAUCAGAGUGUUCCUUACACUAACUUGCAAUCCGACCCAGAUAAUUUUAACCCCCUGGAUUUCUUCAUGUCAUAUGAUGAAACAAAUCAAUGGUUGGCAGCUCUAGAGGCGAAAUAUCCAGACAAGUGCAAGGUUGAACCGAUUGGUCGAUCGUACGAAGGGCGUGACAUCAACGCCAUCUAUAUCAACAAGCAACAAAACAAGAAGGUUUUUGUAGUAGCCAACAUGCAUGCCCGUGAAUGGGCUGCCAUGACAUCGGCCAUCUACAUCAUUCGUGAACUCCUCCGUAAUUCCAACAGCUACCCAGAAGCGUCUACGUAUCAGUGGAUCGUUGUGCCCAUGGCAAAUCCGGACGGUUACGAGUAUACCAAAGCUGAUGAUCGUUUCUGGCGUAAGAACCGUGCCCCACAGCAAGACAAUGCCCUCGGGGUUGACCUAAACCGUAACUUUGGUUACAAGUGGGAGUUGUACCUGAAUGAAGAAGAUGACAUUCCGAACGAACAAACGUACCGCGGUCCAUCCGCAUUUUCUGAGCCAGAAAGUCGCGCAAUAGGUGAUUUUCUGCAGCAAUAUGCUAAGUCCAUCGUACUGUUCGUAGAUCUACAUACAUACGGAGAGUACAUCCUAAUUCCCUUAGGUUAUACGACAGAGCUUGCACCAAACGCUGAUUUUCUCAUGUCCGUAGCACAGGCCGGAUCCGCGGCCGUAUUAUCUCAAACGAAUCAAUUUUAUCUAGUUGGUACUCCACCGCAGCUAUUGUACGCGGUGUCCGGAUCAAGCAUAGAUUACUGUUACUCUGUUGGCGUCAAAGCGUGUAUUGCUAUCGAACUGACGGGUGAUGGGUUUGAAAUUGAGCCUAGUAAUAUCAUUCCACACGGCCAAGAAGCACUCGCCGCAGUGCAAGCAAUGGCAGUUAAAGCAGACGAAGGAUAAGAGCUCCAAUUUGACAUGUAUGGUUCAUUCGAUAUGAAUUUCUGAGUUUUUCCGGUUUUAAAAUUUUCAAGAAUGAUGAGAUAAAUGACAAUAUCAAAAACCAA